AUGAAAUUGAUACGUUGGAUUUAUAUUGGCAUUCAAAUACUAUUUACUGCAUUACUGACAAAUUCUUAUAUUUUGUCACCAUCUCAGUCGACCGGUAAUGAGACUCAACUGGAGGAAAAUUUUGAACUGAAUAAGGAAUUUAACAGAUCCAAGAAAUCGGUAGUUCUAAAAGAUGCUGAACUUUUAUGGGACAAUGGAAUCAUUCCUUACGAAUUUAAAGAUGUAUACACUGGAGCUCAGCGCAGAUUAAUUUUACAAGCAAUGAGACGUUGGGAAGAGGCUACUUGUAUUAAAUUUGUCAAAAAAAAUGAGAAAGUACACCGUAGUUAUUUGUUUAUCACUAAACUAAAGUGUGGGUGCUGUUCUUCGGUCGGCAAGAUGGAAAGACGAAUAAGCUUUAUUUCUGUAUUCGGAAAAUGCGGUAAAUUUGGAACAAUACUUCACGAAUUGGGGCAUGCAAUAGGAUUUUUUCAUGAACAUUUACAUCCAGAUCGCGAUGACUAUGUUAAAAUUAACUUUGACACAAUAAAAGACGUCGAUCAGACUUCAUUUAAAAAAUUAAAUUCAGCAAAAGUUAAUACUCUAAAUCAAUCUUAUAAUUACGAUUCAAUUAUGCACUAUUCUACAUUUGCGAGUUCAAAGCGUUCAGGCAAACAGACUAUUGUUCCACUGCGAAAAAUAAAUGGGACAAUACCAGACAUCGGCCAGAGAACCAAACUCAGUGAAGGCGACAUUUUGACUGCUAAGUUGUUGUAUAACUGUUCCAAAUGUGAUAAAACAUUCUCAAGUCCAAGCGCCGUUUUAACUCAAAACAAUUCAAUGACAACUUACAAUAGUUGUCAAUGGUCAAUCAGAGCUGCUGCAGGCGAACAAAUCAAACUUUAUGUUAAGUCAUUAGAUAUUUACAACAGCACUGACUGCAUCAAAGAAUUUUUAGAAAUUAAAAGUGGGUACCAGGAAAAUGGGACUGUGAUAGAUCGCUAUUGUGGAAAGGUGGAUGCUGUUAGUAUAAUUGCCAGUAACUGGUUAACGAUAACAUUCGCUGGAAUUCAAUCUGAAGAGAGUAGUCUGGAUUUUUCAAUUCGAUAUCAGAGCUUUUGCGGUAGUUACAUUCAAUUACAGAGUAAUCAAACUUAUUAUCUAGAAUCUCCGAACUAUCCAGAUGAUUAUAAGCGUUACAAACAGUGCGAGUGGCAUAUUAUUGCUCCUUACAAGCAUUACUUGUUGAUUAAAUUCGAUUAUUUUGAGCUCGAAGAUUCGAAAAUGUGUAAAAAUGAUUUUCUGGAAGCGCGAGAGGGCAGAAAUGAGAAUGCGCCUCUUAUUGGAACUUACUGCGGUAGAAAAGAAAAUUUAGAAAUAGCCUCUCUGAUGAGAAGAGUUUACCUCAUGUUUUUUAGUGAUGGGACAAAACAAGCGGGAGGCUUUUCUGCCGCCAUUUCUGCACUACCUGCAUAA